UUGUUUCCCCUUCUCUUUUAUUUUGAAAAACGUGAGUGGAAGUGGCGGCGCGGCACGGGUGUCUUGACACGUGUUGCCGAGCUGCCGGGGCCCAGAUCAAACAUGGACGUCACAUGGGAGCCAAUGAGAGCAACAUGAGAGUCGCCGUCUUCUGCCGCCGGACGAAGCAUCAAGCACGAGCAGAGUCGGGCACAUCGGCGGCAUGACGGAAGACAAAUGCCCGCAGCUGGUGGACUACUUCGUGGUGGCGGGUCUGGACCCUGCGGGACCCUGGCGACCUCUUGAUGACGACGCCAGAACGGCCGCUUCCACGCCGCCGCCGUGCCGGGCGGCAGAUCCUGUGACGGACCUGGUGGUGAUCGCCCGCGGCCUGGGCGAGGAAGUCCCCCAGGGCUUCACCUGCAUCGACAAGUCGCUGGGCGGCCACUCGGCCGAGCUGAGCGCCGGCCUCAUCAACAACCCGCGCUUGUACCUCUGCUACCGGAGGGGUCGCGACAAGCCCCCUGUUGUUGACCUCGGGGUCUUAUACGAGGGCAAGGAGCAGCCAAAGACGGGCUGGUACGUGAUCGAGACCACACCCUACAGCCGCUCGGCCAACCUGAGUUCCGGCGCCGGCCCGGCGGCGCAGCGUGUCUUCCUGACGUACCGGCGCGCCGCGGACGCGCAAGGCCUGCACUCCUUAGGCGUGACUGACAUCGGCGUGCUGCUGCCUGGGAAGGGUGAAGCAGCGCCGCACACCUUCAGCCGUGUGGACAAGAACCUCAACACGGGCAUGUGGGGUCACGCCCUGUACGUGUGCUUCAAGCGAGCGGCGGCCAAAGCCAGCGCGCUGGUCUACGAGGCGGGUCUGCUGAGCCGCUACCCCGCCGACGACCAGGAUGCCUUCCCGCUCCCCGAGUCGGUGCCCGUCUUCUGCCUGCCCAUGGGCGUGGCUCUGGAGAGUUGGCCCGCCGACGCCAAAUACCGGCUGCCUGUCUUCUCCACCUUCGUGCUCACCUCUGCCAGCGGGGACAAGGUGUACGGCGCAGCCAUCCAGUUCUACGAAGCCUUCCCCAGGGAGGUCCUGUCGGAGCGCCAGAGCAUGCGCCUGGGCCUGCUCAGCGUGCUGGACCGCCGUCCCGUCCCGGAGCGCACCCUGCAGGCCAAGAAGAGCAUCUGCGUACUUUCGCACUGGCCCUUCUUUGACAUCUUCCAGAAAUUUCUCACCUUCGUCUAUCGAUACUCCGUCUCCGGACCCCACGUGCUGCCCCUCGAGAAGCACAUCUCCAGCUUCAUGCACAACGUCCCCUUUCCGUCACCCCAGCGACCUCGCAUCUUGGUUCAGCUUUCGCCAUAUGACAACCUUCUCCUCUGCCAGCCCGUGUCCUCGCCGCUCCCCCUCAGCGGCGCGAGCUUCCUCAAGCUCCUGCAGAACUUGGGCCCGGGCAACGCCUGCACGCUGCUGCUGGCCGUGUUGACGGAGCACAAGGUCCUGCUCCACUCGCUGCGUCCCGAUGUCCUGACGGCCGUCGCCGAGGCGCUUGUCUCCAUGACCUUCCCGCUGCGCUGGCUGUGCCCGUACAUCCCGCUGUGCCCGCUGCAGAUGGCCGAAGUGCUGCUGGCGCCGGUGCCCUUCAUCGUGGGCGUGCACUCCAGCUACUUUGACCUCUACGACCCCCCCGCCGACGUCGUCUGCAUCGACGUGGACACCAACACCCUUUUCCAGUCUGAUGACAAGAAGCCGUUGUCAUGGCGAUCGUUACCCAGGAAACCCGGGAAGACUCUUUACAGCACCCUGGGCAACCUGCACAAGACUCUGGAGCAGAUUUGCUCUCCGGGCCAGGAGGAAGCCACGUUGGAGUUUCUGCUGACCGACUUCGACCAGAUGUACCGUCGGCAGAAGCAGCUGGAGGCCGACAUUCAGGAAGCCUUCCUGCGCUUCAUGAGCGUCCUGCUGCGAGGCUACCGCACCUUCCUGCUGCCCAUCACGCAGGCUCCAUCCGACACCGCCACCGACUGCAGUUCCCUCUUCAACCUGCAGGGCUUCCUGAAGUCUCGCGAUCGCACUCAGCAGAAGUUCUACUCUCAGUUCACGCGCACGCAGAUGUUCACGCAGUUCAUUGAGGAGUGCUCCUUCGUCAGCGACCGCCACGCCUGCCUCGAGUUCUUCGACGAGUGCGUGCAAAAGGUGGACGUGGAAAAGCCGGAGGACGUCCGUCUGGUGGGCGUGGACGAGAGCCACUGCGGCGAGCGCACUGUUUUCAUCAUGCCGCCCGAGCAGCCCACGGAAGACGAUGGCUCCGAGUGCCCCGCCCACUACAGCUACGACACUUUCCCCGCCUUGAGGCCCGAGCUCUUUGACCAGCCGCUCGACCAACUGCGUGUCCCCGCCAAGGGCAGCGCUCCCAGUAGCCCCGCCCCCCGACGCACCAAACAGGAGCUGAAGGUGGCGCAGCGGCGCGCGCAGACGUGCUGCGGCUCGGCCGACAUGUGGUGCAAGUGUCUGCUGGGUCACAUGUACGGCCUGUGGUUCAUCUACCUGCCCACCUACGUGCGUGCGCAGAGCGCCAAGGUGCCCGCCCUCCAUGCCGCUUACGAUGUCCUCAAGCACAUGGAGAGCAGGAAGGUCCUGCUGCCCGAUGAGGUGUGUUACAGGAUCCUGAUGCAGUUGUGCGGUCAGUACGGUCAGCCCGUGCUUGCCGUGCGUGUCCUCCUUGAGAUGAAGAAGGCGGGCAUCACGCCCAACACAAUCACAUACGGAUACUACAACAAGGCGGUCCUGGAGAGCAAAUGGCCGUCAACCAAUCAGGGCGGGCGCUUGCUUUGGGCCAAGCUGAGGAACGUGGUGCUGGCCGUCGCCCUCUUCAGGCAGCCCAUCAAAAUGCGCCCCAACGGCCAAGCCGUCAUGGAGGAGCACAGUCCCCGGCCCCGCCCCAGCUUGCCUCUGAUUCGUCAGGCCAGCUGGAGCGGCCUGAGCGAAAGCUCCAGUCACGAAUCUUUGACGGGAUCCUUUGCCAAGAGCAGCAGCCUCAGCAGCAUCAAGACGCCCGCACAGUUGGCGAAUACACGUAACAGGAAGUCGGGCUUCCGUGAUGAACUGUCCAGCAAGCCUCCUCUGGCGCCCUCUGGUGGCGUUCUGGUGCGUCGCAGUGACAUCUGCUUGUCCAGCUUCUACGCAGAUGCCGCAGAGAAUGACGAGUGCGGGGGCGACUGGGAGGCGGGUGCGAGGUCAGGAAGAGUGGCGAGCGCCUGCGAGGUGGCGUCGGUGGACGAGAACGACAACAAAGUUGCCGUCCCGCCCAGCCGAGGCCUGGCGGGACGGCUGCAGCAGCUCCUGACGCCCACACGACACAGGUCGGCGGUCCGACGCGCCGCCAGCGUGGACGAGCGGCGGCCGGGCGCCAGAGGGCGAGGACCCGCCGCAACUUCGAGCCGCCGGCUGUCCGAGCAGCGUAGGUCCAGGAAGUCGCAGGUGGCGGAAACGUUGCUGAAGGCCAAAGAACGCCUCGCCAACGCCACUUCGGAGCGCAGUGACGAGAUCGCUGAAUUUGUUUUUGGCCAGAGCUCUCUGUCGCUGGGCAGCGACGCCGACCCGGUGGACACGCCGCGACCUCUCCGCCACUCCUGGGAUGCUAAUCAAGACGCGGCGGGGAUCGAGGUUUUGAUGUCGAGCUGCUCACGGUGCCGCGCUUGCGGUUGCCUGGUGUACGACGAGGAGAUCAUGGCGGGGUGGACGCCUGACGACUCCAACCUCAACUCCCGCUGCCCCUUUUGUGCCGCCUCCUUCGUCCCCUUCCUCAAUGCCCACAUCUGUGACCUGCGACCCCCCGGCGGUGACGGCGAGGGUGAAACUGGCAUCCAGCCUCCCGGCGGUCAGCCGGCGGGGACGGCGUCUAACGGCUUGGGCGACGACCUCACCCCCGAGAGCGACGCAACCGUGGUGGCGGUGGCGUACGUGAGUCCGCUGGUGCUCCGGAAGGAGCUGGAAAGCCUCCUGGACCACGAGGGCGAGGCGGUACUGGGCCAGCAGCAGUUCCUGGAGAGCCACUGCAUCAUCUUCUGGAACCUUCUGUGGUUCUUCCAGCGCCUCGGUUUGCCGAGCCACCUGCUGCGGCUCGUGCGACUCCUCGUCAAGCCCACGCAGUCGGAAGGUGCGUGUCUUCGUGUAAGGCUCCUUUGGGACACCCUGACCCCCGACCCUGACUCGUGGCCACCCCUCUACGUACUGUGGCGUCUUCACAGCGGCGUUCCCGUGCGCGGCUCCCGCUGGCGUCGCCACAACCACCCUUUCACGCUGGCCUUCCUGGAGGAGGUACUGCGCUGCGUGGGCAUGAACGAGGUCCACAAGGCCGUCACGCUCUUCCUCAACACCGUCGACGAGGCGCGACGCCACGCCCGCACCGCCUCUCCGCCGCUCCGCAGGAGCGUGUACCGAGAGUUGCUGUUCCUGACACUGGCGGCAAUGGGCAAGGAUCACGCGGGUGCUUUCGACAAGAAGUACAAGUCGGCGUACGCGCGCCUCAGUGGCGUCAUGGGCAAAGAAGAACUGCGCGAGAAGCGAGCGCAGCCUCCCAGCGCCAAAGCCCUGGACUGCAGACGCAGCUUCCAGCCGCCGCUCCAGUGCUGAUCGGUCGCCGCUUCUGAUGCCAGUUGAUCAGUGACAACCCACUUCCUCCUCUUCGCCGGCUCUCCGAAGCGGCGCGGCCUACCCUGCCGCGCGCCCAGGCACCCGUACGUCGUAGGCCGCCGCCACUCAACUCAACCGCAACCGCUCGAUUUCCCGUGUUGUGAGCGAGCAAAGAUGGAGACGCGUCCCCUUUGUGUUUUCCCGGCACGGUCGUAAAAGAGUUUUUGCGGCAGCCCGUGAUGUCACGGUGAUAUCAUUGUGAUUUCAUCAGCCGGUGUUUGCAGGGAAAGUUAGUUGACGAAUCACUUUGUGAUCAUGCGACCUGAGCCACGUGUCCACCUGUGAUGUCAUUUUGCCCCCCGC